GACGCGAAGCCACUCGCUUGUCGGCCGUUUCCUGUCCCGCAUAUCCACCUUGUUGCAACCAAGCAGGAGGUUCAGAAGCUCGUGAAGCUUGGAGUGAUGUCGCCGGUCAACUCGUCGCCUUGGGCGUCUCCUGCUUUCACUAUACUGAAGGAAGAUGGAUCAAUUCGACUGCUGUGUGACUUCAGACGUCUAAACGCACUGCUGCAGCGCCGCUGC